GUAAUGACCAAAUACCACGUGGGAAGCUUCUCUGAUGUGUUUAUGUAUCAUCACCUGUCUUCAAAACUGAAAUCAUAACUUAACUGAUGUGGACAUGAGAGGAUGUAAAGUAACAGUUUGAUCAGAGAGUUAGUUACCAUGGAUAUAAAAAUACCUGAUUUAACAUCAUUACUCAGAGACAAUAUCUAUAGAUUAUAUCAGGAACAACGUCACACUGAUAUCGAAAUACACAUCAAUUCUGUGGUAUUUAAUUGCCAUAAGACGGUCCUUGCAGCCAUGUCGCCAUAUUUUGACGCUAUGUUUGCCUCUGGCAUGCGAGAAAGUAAAGACAACACAGUAAAACUACAAGGGCAUGUACCAAAACAUUUUGAAAAUAUACUGCUGUUCAUGUAUUCAGGAAAAUGUGAUAUUAAUAUUGAUAAUGCUGAAGAUAUAUUAAAAGCGUCGUCUUUAUUUCAGAUGUCUUGCCUGGCAUUACUCUGUGAACAAUUUCUGAUCAAUCACCUCGGGUCCGAGAACUGUAUUGGUAUGUGGAAAUUGGCCCGAGCUCAUGGCUGUAAAAGUCUCGAAACUAAAUGUUUUAUGUAUUUAUUAGAGCAUUUUGGUGAUAUUUGUAAAUCGGAAGAUUUUGAGUGUCUUGAUAUCGAUGAGGUAUACUCUUUAAUUACCCAUGAUGAACUCAAAGUCCUGAAAGAGGAGAUCGUUUGUGAUGCUGUAUUUACAUGGCUUUCAGCUGAUGUUGACGCUAGAAAAGAACAUGCCGUGACAUUGAUGGAGGUUUUACGGUUACCUCUUGUAAGUCCCGAAUACCUAGUGAAUGAAGUCGAACAAAGGUCAAUCGUUAAUGAUAACAAAAGGUGUCAAGAAAUUCUCAAGGAGGCUAUCAGUUAUCACAUGCUUCCAGCUCGACGACAAGAAUUCACGUCCCCGCGACUAAUCUACAGAAAACAUUCCCUAUAUGAAGAGAUACUCGUUGUUCUUGGUGGUUACAGUUUAAAUGGUGAGAAGGUUACUGAUGUUCUUGGAUACAGCAUUCGCAAUAAAAUCUGGUACAAACUUGGGCCACUGUCAUUUAAAUUGGGUCGAGAAUUUGCAUGCUGUGUUUAUGGAAAUGAUGUGUACGUUUCUGGUGGAAGUCAACGACUUUCAAGUUUGCUAAGAUUUCGCGCCGAAUAUAACGAAUGGCAGAAGUGUCCACCAAUGAUGCAAGGUCGCAGACGACACACCAUGGUAGCUGUUGGCGAGUCUCUGUUUAUUUUGGGAGGUUAUGAUGAUAAGAUCAGUGAGGAAAGUAACAGGACAUUGAGUGAGAUACGGGAAUAUCAGAUGGCCACAUCGUCUUGGCGAACUGUGGCCGAUCUCUUAAAGCCAGUUCGCUCUAUGUCGUCUGUGGUCUCAAAAGAAAAGAUUUUUAUUUUUGGUGGAUUGUUAUCAGACGAUACCGAAACUGCUUGUAUACAAUGCUUUGAUACUCGAUCUCAUACAUGUACGAUAGUUGGAGAACUCCCGUUUUCCUCCAAAUUGAGUCGUGCUAUUGCCUUUAACAGAAGAUUAUUUGUAAUCUGUACCGAGGGAUCUAUACUGGAGCUGAAUGAAGAACAUGAGUGUACGGUUGUAAAAAAGAUUCCUUUCUUUAAUCGACGUCGAUUUGGUCUAGUGGCCUACCAGAGUGGUAUUCUUAUAGUUGGUGGUGAAUGCGGGGAGGAAAUCCAAAAAGAAUGUUUAAAUUUUAAUCCUGAGACAGGUGUCGUUGGAGUUGUCAAUGAUUUGAUUAUUCCAAGUAGAGCCAAUUUUGGAUGCGCAAAAAUUGUAAUUAAGAAACAGCAUUUAAAACAUGAAUAUUUUGAAGAUUGA